AUGAGAGUUCCCUACAUGAGCUCAAGGCCCAAGUUCGAGUCUGCGGUUUCCUUACAAACUGUUCCACUCGGUUCCCUAUUUGCAGCCCUGCCUACCAGGGGUCCUGCCUACAGGCGCCCUGCCUACAGGGGCCCUGCCUACAGGGGGUCCUGCCUAAAGCGGGCCCUGCCUACAGGGGCCCUGCCUACAGCGGCCCUGCCUACAAGGGGCCUGCCUACAGGGGGCCCUGCCUACAAGCGGGCCCUGCCUACAGGGGGUCCCUGCCUACAGAGGGCCCUGCCUACAGCGGUCCUGCCUACAGGGGUCCUGCCUACAGCGGCCCUGCCUACAGGGGUCCUGCCUACAGCGGCCCCUGCCUACAGGGGCCCUGCCUACAGGGGGCCUGCCUACAGGGGUCCUGCCUACAGGGGUCCUGCCUACAGGGGUCCUGCCUACAGCGACCCUGCCUACAGCGGUCCUGCCUACAGGGGCCCUGCCUACAGCGGCCCUGCCUACAGGGGCCCUGCCUACAGCGGCCCUGCCUACAGGGGCCCUGCCUACAGGGGCCCUGCCUACAGGGGUCCUGCCUACAGCGGCCCUGCCUACAGCGGUCCUGCCUACAGGGGCCCUGCCUACAGCGGCCCUGCCUAUAGCGGUCCUGCCUACAGGGGUCCUGCCUACAGCGGCCCUGCCUACAGCGGCCCUGCCUACAGCACCGUGUCUCGGUUGCACUCGGCAGGCCUUGUCUGGGCACCGUUUAUGAAAUGGACACUCUAA